AUGAUCUCAGACUCAUUUCCAGCCGAAAAAUCCCCUGGUGAAGGUUCUCGAGUGCAAAACCAAGCGGCGGAGAUCUCUGACAAUGAGGCCAUUGAUCCGAAGAAAGAGAGUAGACUGCUACGAAAAAUUGACAUCCAUCUUCUGCUCCCGCUAUGGGUCAUAUUCCUCUUCGGGUUUCUUGACAGGAUCAAUUUAGGGAAUGCGGCAGUCCUCGGGGAUCGUAGAGGAACUGAAGCUCAAGAUAUUCCAAGUAACAUUGUCUUGAAAAAUUUCGCUCCUUCGACAUGGAUCAGCCUGCUUACAUUCUUUGGGGUACGUGGAACUACGUUUCUAGAACCAGAGGAUGGCAUCGCGGCUAUGUGUCAGGGCUUCGUCAAGAACAACGCGGGUUUGAUCGCUUGUCGAUUCUUCAUUGGUGUCUUUGAAGCCGGCUACGUCCCUGGCUGCGCCUAUCUCAUGGCCAUGUUCUACAAACGCCACGAGUUCCAAAAGCGUUUUUCCAUAUUCUGGGUUGCCGGGUUGGUGGCGGGUGCCUUUGGUGGCCUUCUUGCCUACGCUCUCAGCCACUUGCAAGGUCGGGGUGGCUACUCAGGCUGGCGGUGGAUAUUCAUAAUCGAGGGUCUCAUAUCCGUUAUUCUCGCCGUCCCUGCCAAAUUGUUCUUAACCGGCUGGCCCGAUAAAGCCAAAUUCCUCACAGAGGAGGAGAAAGCACUCCUUCACAACCGCCACUCGGAAGACAUGGGCGGCUUCGCAAGAAUGGACCAACUGGAUUCCACGGCCUGGAGGCGGAUCCUGACUGACUGGAAGAUCCUGGUUGCGAGCUUGAUAUACAUUGGCAUCACCGUGUCGGGCUAUGCAACUGCGCUCUUCAUCCCGUCUAUAGUCAACUCUCUAGGUUACAGCGGCCUCCAAAGUCAGAUACAGAGCAUCCCGGUCUGGGCCACCUCCGCUACCACCACCGUGAUUGUCUCGUAUUUCACCGACCGCCUCAGGCACCGGUACGGCUUCAUCAUGUUCGGCAUCAUGUUCGCGAGCAUCGGCUACAUCAUCCUGAUAUGCCAGGCCCCUUUGAAGGGUGGCUUGCCACUUGGUGUCCGUUACAUGGCCGUUUUCUUCAUCACGACGGGUUGCUAUAUCGUGCAGCCAGCGACGAUUGUGUGGCUGGCAAAUAAACUGGGCGGGCACUACAACCCUGCUGUUGGUCUGGCUAUCCAAGUUGGCCUUGGGAAUCUUGGUGGUAUCAUUGCGAGUAAUGUGUUUGUGCGCAAGCAGGCGCCAAGGUGUUUUGUAGGCUAUGGUGUUGCGUUGUCUAUGGUGAUCUUCUGUGGGAUCAUGAGUACCGUAUUUGCGCUGGGGUUAGUUAAAGAAAAUCGGAUUAGAGAGAGGGGGGGGAAAGAGAUGCUAGACUUGGAUCGGAGGAGUUAG